GUGAGUGUGUGUUAGUGUGUGUGUGAGGUGUAAUGGCUGCUGCUAAAGAUUAAGCGAAACAUUUACUGUGGGGAAGCGUCUGGACACACUGCGCUCAACCGAACCGCCUGUGUGUGUGUGUGUGCACGCGCUGCCAGCAAGCUGUCUAAUCUAACGGAGGACACGGAGAACAGUUUGGCCAUGACUGGAGGCAUGGCAGCGCCGCUCCCGAUGAGUAACCACACGAGAGAGAGAGUGACUGUGGCCAAACUGACACUGGAGAACUUCUACAGCACGCUCCUCACACAGCAUGAGGAGAGGGAGAUGAGGCAGAAGAAGCUGGAGAAGGUGAUGGAUGAGGAAGGCUUACCUGAUGAAGAGAAGAUCACGCGGCGCUCCCAGCAUGCACGUAAGGAGACAGAGUUCCUGAGGUUAAAGAGAACUCGACUGGGGCUCGCCGACUUCGAGUCACUCAAAGUCAUCGGAAGGGGAGCUUUUGGGGAGGUGCGUCUGGUGCAGAAAAUUGACACAGGUCACAUCUAUGCCAUGAAGAUCCUGCGAAAGGCCGACAUGCUGGAGAAGGAACAGGUUGCACAUAUCAGGGCUGAGAGGGACAUCCUGGUGGAGGCAGAUGGAGCAUGGGUAGUAAAAAUGUUUUAUAGUUUCCAGGACAAAAGGAAUCUUUAUCUCAUCAUGGAGUUUCUCCCGGGAGGAGACAUGAUGACACUGCUGAUGAAAAAAGACACUCUUUCAGAGGAGGUCACGCAGUUCUAUAUAGCAGAGACAGUCCUGGCUAUCGACUCCAUUCACCAGCUGGGCUUCAUUCACCGCGAUAUCAAACCUGACAACCUACUGCUCGACUUAAGGGGUCAUGUCAAGCUGUCUGACUUUGGCCUGUGUACAGGACUGAAGAAGGCUCAUCGCACUGAGUUUUAUAGAAACCUUACCCAUAACCCUCCAAGUGACUUCUCUUUUCAGAAUAUGAACUCGAAAAGGAAGGCUGAAACAUGGAAAAAAAAUAGACGUCAGCUGGCGUACUCGACCGUGGGCACGCCCGACUACAUCGCCCCAGAGGUCUUCAUGCAGACGGGAUACAAUAAGCUGUGUGACUGGUGGUCUCUGGGAGUCAUCAUGUAUGAGAUGUUAAUAGGAUACCCACCCUUCUGCUCCGAGACUCCACAGGAAACAUACAGGAAAGUCAUGAACUGGAGAGAAACUCUCAUCUUCCCUCCUGAGGUUCCUAUAUCUGAGAAAGCCAAAGACCUGAUCCUCAGAUAUUGUACAGAUGCAGAGAACAGGAUUGGGGCGCUGAGUGUGGAUGAAAUAAAGUGCCACGCUUUCUUUGAGGGAGUCGACUGGGAGCACAUCAGAGAGAGACCUGCUGCUAUUUCCAUCGACAUAAAGAGCAUCGACGACACCUCCAACUUCGAUGACUUUCCUGAGUCAGACAUUUUACAGCCAGUCACAAACCUAACUGAGCCAGACUUCAAGUCUAAGGACUGGGUUUUCCUCAACUACACCUACAAGCGCUUUGAAGGACUCACCCAGCGUGGAACCAUCCCGCCCACACAAAGCUGGGCCAAGCCCAAGGCUGAGAGCUAAGAAGACCAAACCCUAGCCUCAUGUAAAUGCUGUGUGUGUGUGUGUGUGUGUGUGUGUGUGUGUUGGCUUCAAAGGGUUUCUGCACUGUAAAUAUAAGGUGCAAAUGUACCUUUGCAUCAGCAUUAACCCAGGCAGGGCGUUAAUAUAAAUAAAUACUACUAGAACAAAAAACAGGUAAAUCAGUGUCACUACCCCUGAACUCGACUGGUUUAUAUCCGCUCAGGUACCGGGAUGCUCAUGUUGGACAUCCGUCUUCAGUGUCCACACACUGUACUGUAGACUAACAGUGAAUUGAACAGGGUCUUAUCAGUUCUUACCUCACCUCAGCCUUAUGUGCAAACCAUACAGGGCAAGUUCCAAGACUUUAUAAACGGUGUGUAAAUAAUUUGGAGUAAUGCUGAUGUGUGGAUGAACACACACGUAAGAAAGUUCAAAAGCAGUCAGUGUUUGUCUUCACCUUUAAACAGUGAUUUGCACAGUGAGGUGUAAUGACUACAGUGAAGUGUAGUUAAUGAGUGCACCUUGCCCCUAAGCCUCAUAUGAGGGUUACAUUCUUAUUUAUAUCAGAAAUUAAUAAAUUUCAGGACGUGAGCACCACUGGCUUUCUACAUCUAACUAUUUAAAGUGUCUGUUAUUGCAUUAUCUUCUAUUAUUUAGCCAGCACUGAAACACUGGUGAGCAUUUUUUAUUUGUGCUCAGUAAAACUGCAGCACUUAAUGUCUUACUCGAGGUUACUGCGGGGCAUAGAACGCAUCCUUUUACAUGUCUUUGUCUGUCUUGUCUGUUUGUGUUAUUUUGCCAAAAUAUGUUGUAAAUGGAUAAACAGUGUAGUCAUAAUGUCCUUCUUUAGCAUAGAGAAAGUGACAAAUUUAAGGAAAAAAAUGUAAUAAAUGUUUAAUGAAACAUCAAGCUGUAGAUUUCGGAUGGGAUCUGUUGCCCCUGACGGGGGUGAGUUUAAUGACAGGACACUGAGGUCAGUCUAAAACAGAGGAAGGAUGCAGGGAUGUGUUCACAGGGUUUGGUCUCGUCUGGCAGCUUGUAUGGAAUCCCCCCACCUUACUGAGGCACUUUGUUGUUUAACGCCAUCUGUCUGUGUUAAAUAAUGUGAGUUUUUUAAAGGGACGUGUGACCCAUGGUUCAUGAUGAUCUCACAGUAGAAGUAAAGAAAUGCCAUAACCCAGAGCUCUGAACGCGAUUUACAUUUGGUAUCAGCCACCGUCGCUCCUGGGUUUUCGGCGCGCUCGUCAGAUGAUAAUAAUUUAAGUUAAUAGAGCUAAAGUUGUUGAUGGAGCUCCAACGCUGGAGGGCACGGCACUCUUCGUUGUAUGGUUUCUGGCUAACAAGCUUCAUUUUUGUUUUGUUUACAUCGAGUAAGGGGAUGAGUGUUUGUAGCUGCUAUAAUGUAUGUGCUAAGAGGAACUAAUUUGUUUUGUGGAUAUUGGUAACAUUA